AUGUCAACCUGCCCGUUUGCAACCUGCCGGUCUCUCCUUGGCAGCGUUCGAACAACGACCGAUGCCACCCGCAGAGCGGCCGCUAGCCCUCGCCCUCCGUCUCUAAGCUUCGCCGGCCGGGAAGGCGCGCUGCUGCAGGUGCCGGGUCUCCUCAUUAGGUCCUCCCUCUACAAGCCCAACGUCUCCGCGGCGGCCGUCUACAGGGUGAAGCUGGUGACCCCGGAAGGGCGGGAGUACGAGCUCGAGGCGCCGGACGACGCCUACAUCCUCGACACGGCCGAGAGCGCCGGCGUGGAGCUGCCGUGCGCGUGCCGCGCCGGGGCGUGCUACAAGUGCGCCGCCAAGGUCGAGGCCGGCAUGGUCCACCGCGGGGACGGGUCGCUCCUCCACGGCCGGCUGCAGGAGGAAGGCUACGUGCUCAUCUGCGUGUCCUGCCCCAGGUCCGACUGCGUCAUCCAUACCCACAAGGAGGACGACCUUUGGUGA